AUGUCUGAGAAAGUUGAAUCGCUCAAAGAUCUUAAAAGGAUACAGACAGAUCUACCAUGUAAAAACAAAUUAAUUGUGAUUUUCUUCUAUAAAUCAUCUAGUGAAGAAGAAGACCGAAUGGUGCAAUGUUUCGAUGCUGUGGCUGAUGAUGAUGAAUUCAAAAAUAAAGCUGCUUUUCUUCUAAGUGACGAACAAAGUAGCAAUGGUGAGCUGUUUGAAGAAUACAACAUCAAGCAAACACCAGCAUGUUUAUUUCUUCAAGACAAUAAACAAGUGGAACUGGCUUAUUUUCAGAGGCGAGACCUUCAAAAUGGGGUCAAGACCACUAUAAGGCGCCUUCUUGGCCAAGCAUGA